AUGGAGGAACAUGAAGAUGACCAAUACUGUUUUCAAAACUCUUUUCGAAACUCUUCUUGCAAAAGAUCUUCACUAUCAACAUCUGCUUACAUAACAGUGUACAUCAUCUUCUCAUUGAUUUCAGUGGUUACAGUAUUUUUGAAUCUACUGGUGAUCAUCUCCAUCUCUCACUUCAAGCAGCUCCACACACCAACCAACCUGCUCAUCCUCUCUCUGGCUGUGUCAGAUCUCCUGGUGGGACUCAUUGUGAUACCAUCAAUGACUGUAGCAAUAAUGGAAUCAUGCUGGGUUCUUGGGGAUUGCUUCUGUGCAUUGCUUCUCUACACCAAUUUUUUGAGUUGUUCUUCAUCUGUUGGCAAUUUGGUCUUGAUAUCUAUUGACCGUUAUGUUGCUGUGUGUGAUCCAUUAUUAUACCCCUUGAAAAUAACAAUAGCAAGGAUGAAUGACAAUUUAACAUCACUUAUCAUGACUUUUUUGCCUCUUGUUAAUUCCUUUAUUAAUCCAAUAAUUUAUGCUUUCUUUUAUUCAUGGUUCAAAGUGACAACUAAACAAAUGUUCACUCUGCAGUUUAGGCGUAAAUAG